AUGGAUGUCAAUAAUGCCUUCCUUUAUAGCGAUCUUGAUGAAGAGGUAUACAUGCUACCUCCCCCUGGUUAUCGUAGAAAGGGGGAGACUCUAGUUUGCCGUCUCCAUAAGUCUCUAUACGACCUUAAACAAGCGUCUCGCCAAUGGUUUUCAAAAUUCUCAGAAUCAUUAUGUGCUUAUGGGUUUGUUCACUCAACGACAGAUCAUUCUUUAUUCAUCUUACGCCGAGAUGGGGAAACAAUCUUUGUAUUAUUAUAUGUUGAUGGUAUUGUGAUAACAGGAUCAAGCUCCUCGUUGAUCACCAAGGUACAAGACAUGCUCCGUCAAAAUUUUAAAAUCAAGGACCUUGGAACAUUAAAAUAUUUUUUGGGCAUUGAAGUUGCUCGCUCCAAAAAGGGACUUUUUUUAUGUCAACACAAGUAUGUGCUUGAUAUACUUCAAGAUAGUGGUUAUACCGGUGUACGCCCAACAAACACGCCUAUGGAACUUAAUCUCAAGCUCACCAACGACAAUGGUGACUUAUUAGAUGAUCCUUCAGCCUAUCGUCGACUUGUGGGCCGCUUAAUUUAUCUCACAGUGACACGGCCCGAUAUUGUUCAAGCUGUGAAUAUCCUCAGCCAAUUCAUGCAUCAGCCCAAGAAACCUCAUCUUAAUGCUGCUAAUCGUUUGCUUCGAUACUUGAAGACUACUCCAGGGCAAGGCAUUUAUUUCCAAGCUGAGUCAGAUCUUCAAGUCCGUGCAUACUGUGAUUCUGACUGGGUAAGUUGUCCGAUGACUCGCCGAUCAACCACUGGGUAUUGUAUAUUUUUGGGACCAAUUUUAGUCUCUUGGAAGACUAAGAAACAACACACGAUUUCUCGUUCCUCAGCUGAGGCUGAAUAUCGUGCCAUGGCCAAUACAACUUGUGAACUAACAUGGUUGGCAUCCUUACUUCGGGACAUUGGUCUGCAACAUUCUCUCCCCAUCCCAUUACAUUGUGACAAUCAAGCAGCCCUCCACAUUUUUGCAAAUCCAGUGUUUCAUGAACGAAUAAAGCAUAUCGAGAUCGAUUGCGACCUUGUUCGCAAAAAAUUACAAGCCAGUUUGAUACAACCAACAAAGAUUGACACAGGCCAACAAAUAGCAAAUAUAUUCACAAAGACCUUGGGUCAGGAUCAAUUUCGGUUCCUAGCAUCCAAGUUGGACGUUCACAAUCUACACGCUCCAACUUGA